AUGGUGGUAAGGCAAACGGUUUUGGCCUGUAAUCUCGUCCUCGAGUUUCUUCAGAUAUUCCUCAGCUUUCUCCAGGAGCCCCGAUUUAAUAUACCUCAUGGCCAUUGUGCUGUAAGUUAUCCAGUUGGGAUUUACAGAGUUGUCGAGCUCCAUCUGCUUAAAAGCUUGCUCCAUUUUGUCGAGGGACCCACAGGCAGACAGCCAUAUAUUGUAGAUGAUCAUCAUCAAGUUGAAAGGAAGAGUGUAGUCGGUGUAGUUUCGAUUCCUCAUUUUGACUCAGCUUUUUCCCUCAUUUUCGAGAGGGCGUAUGCAUUCAGGAGGGAGGCGUACACUCUCUUGUCCUUUAAGGCGUCCGGUAAUUUUUUGAAGUAUUGUUCGGCGCUCGAGACGCCCUGCACUUUUGCGAUGAGGUCGAGGUGUAUGGUGGUUUCCCUGGUGGUUACUCUGAACCUCUCAGACCUCCCAAAAUUUCCAUCAUCACCUGCAUCAGCACCACUACCCUCUUCAUUCCCAGCAAAUUUUUCACCACCCGACAAGGGCUUGGGCUUCCAGUUUCUUGACCCCUCAUCAGCUAAGGCCGCAGCAUUUUUCAGGCAAGAAAGGGCCUCGGGAAUCCUCAUAUUUGCAAUGUGGUCCUCCGAGAGUAUCUCCCAACUCAUAGAGUUGUGUUUCCCCCCAUUCUCCAUCAUCUGCUCGAAAAAAGUCUUAGCCUUUUCCGAAAGCCCCUUUCCCACAUACGAGCUCAAAAGCAGAUUCCCCAGCCGCGGGUCGGAGCCUUGGGACCCACGGGAAGAGAGCCAUAUAUUCGGUAUCCUUCUCCCAACUAAUUCUGAUACUAAUGACUCGAUUUUCUCGUGGUCUUUGAGGGUCAUCAUCACGUUGAAAGGAAGGGCGUGGUUGGACUCGGCUUUUUCCCUCAUUUUUGAGCGGGAGUACGCAUUCAGGAGAGAGUCGUAUACUCUCGUGUCCUUUAAGCCGUCUGUAUUGUUCGGCGCUCGAGACGCCGUGAGCUUUUGCGAUGAGGUCGAGGUGUAUGGCCGUGUCACUGCUCGUUACUCUGAACCUCUCUGGCCU